AUGAUAGCAGCAAGACCUGCGAUGCCAGCCAGACCGUUGACAGCCACUGUUGCCCUUGGCAUGGCCGCACCUGUCGCACUGGAUGCUGCCGAUGCAGCAGAGGACGCUCCUGAGGCGGCUGAGCUAGUGGCACUGGCCAGAUGCGAAGACGCCGAGCUGGCCAACGAGGAUGCAGAAGCUUCGGCGGACGAAGCAGCACUAGACGCGGCAGAGGAGGCUGAUGAGAUUUGGGACGAAAGGGAUGCCGAGAGAGACGAGGCCGAAGCGCUUGCGCCAGAGGCAGCCGACGACGCACGACUUGCAGCAGAGGACUAA